GCACUUAUGAUAUGUAUGUUUGUGCGUCUGUUCCAUUUGUGCUAAUAUAAAACCUUUCGCCUGCCAGUGAUGGGCGAUGGUGAAUCGCUCAGAGCAGGCAGGGCUCAAUUUGACGAAGCUCAAAAAGUACGUGGGGAAGUCCCCUAGGAAAUCCCCAGAAGUGUCGGAAAUAUUAUCGUCGAGACUGGUGCGCCACAGCUCCAACACAGUUGCUAUGCUCGGUCCAUGUCUGAAGACCUAACGCCAGAGCAGAGACGUCAAAUGCUGGAUUAUUAAAAGUUGAUCUUGUGUCAUAUCUGCGAAGCUUGCAAUGGAUAGCGUCAAUUGUCUAAACAUGGAUACCGACAUGCUGAAAGACAAAAUCCGGAGCUACAACACGCUGAAUACGAUGUAUCACGAAACGCGUCAAGAGAUUGACAUUUUGAACAAGCAAAUCUACAUGAAGGACAACUUAAUUGCAGAUUUAAAGGCCAAGUUGGGGAGAUAUGAGAGGAUCUGCAUCGGUGUGGAGGAUAACGAUCCUGUGGUCCUCGGGCCGUCCAAGUCUUUGUUGGAGAGCUUGUGUAAAGAAAUCUGCAAACUGAAACAAAAGAGAAACGAAGCAGAGGUCAAAGCAUCUCGCCAGGCAGAAAUCAGCCAACAAGAGAUCCAGAGGGUGCGUGUGCAGCUCAAAGAGAAGGAGAGGGAGCUGGAGAGCGUCAGGUGUCAGCCGGACCAUGAGAAGGAUCAGGAGAUCCAGAGGCUGCGCUCUGCCCUGGAGGAGCGAGACCGGGCCGAGGCCACCAGGGCCGUGCUCUGCAACUCCCUGGCCGAGGAGGCCGAUCAGCUGCGCGGCCAGCUGGGUGCCACAGUAAAGGUGUGUCAGGAGCUGCUGGCCAGGCUGGAGAGAGAGAAGAAGGGAGGAGCAGUGGAGGAGAUGCCACUGCAACAGAAAGCCAGAGAGAUGACGGAGUCUGUCAAUGCUCAGAUCUGCCAACUUCAGGAGGAGAAUCAUCAGCUAAAGCAGCGAGUGGCAUAUGUGGAAAGUCUGAAUGCUAAAUGGCAGAAGUAUGAUUCCAGCAGGGAGGAAUAUGUUCGAGGGUUAUGUCAGAGGCUGAAGGAGACCAGCACCCGCAUCAUGUCCAGUUCUGGUCCAGGAGCAGCGGGGCCUGAGCACAGGGCCGGGCUAGGCUUGGUGUCUGGUCUGGGCCCCGUCAGCAGCGGAUUGCUUCAUCAGGAGAUUUCCAGGCUGAAUGGCCUGCUGGAGGAGAAGAUGAGCGAGUGUGUGAGGCUGGGCCGGGAAGUGGAUGAGAUAAGGAGGCGAGACCAAGAGCGGAUUCAGACACUGGAGCAGCAGGUUCUCAUCUACACAGAGGACUUUAAGUCAGAGCGGGCUGACAGAGAGAGAGCACAGGGCCGCAUCCAAGACCUGAAGGACGAGAUUAUUCAGUUGCAGCAGCAGCUGCACAAACAGGGUGCAAGUAGAGAGAACCGAGAUGCCGCACCUGUGUGUCGCGUCCACAUUGGACACAGAAUCACUUCCAGGCGGCACAAAGACUCUGCAGAACACUUGAGGAGAACCGGUGUGGAGCCGCCGAAACAACCCGCGGCAGCAACAACGCCAAACCUGGCCUGGAAUGAAUGUCAAGGCUUGUCAGAGCUACAGUGCCCGAGAUGCCUCACCACGUUCGACGACAGGGAUGCAGCCGAGUACCUGAAUCAUUGCGAAGAGUGCGCCAAGUUGUGAGUGGUACAACCCCCGUUUGGAUAAUAAGACAAUUCAAUGUUGCUGACAAUAACCGAACACUGAAGAACAGCACUACAUGUCAGAGAAACGUUUUUGAUUCAGAAAGACUUGACUACAGUUUAAACUAGUCCAUGUAAUGUGUUUUUGUAGAUCACGAUACAGAAUUGUACAUCCCAGAGUUCCCCUGGUUUCAUCGUGCCUCUCUUAGCCCAAGUAUAGUUUCUUUUGAAUGCUGUGCUCUGUGUGGCGAGGCAAGGGGUUGUACUUGUGGCAAAGUGGAUGUCAAUGCAAUAUAUGAAUGUCAUAUACCUCAACUUUGCAUCAAAUUAUCAAACCUGUUGCACUUUGACUUUUAGCCAAAAACUGAUCGUAGAGAUUUGUGAUGCAUAAGCUUCUUAUCUGGAUCUAGACGUCUGGUUGACAAUUUGGUGCUAUUGUGUUUUUUUUGGUUUUUUUUUUGAUUGAGCUUUACAUGUUUCUUGUCUGUAAAUUAUGUAUUCUUAAUAAUGGAAUGAAAAUAUAUCACAGUAUUAUAUUAAUAUUUAUUCUCUUCACAUAAGUACUUUUUCGCAAAAAGGCAACUCCUUACAGUGCAAUGUAAAAAUUAAAAAAAAAGUGCCUUUUUCACCAUUUUCAUUUAACAGGAUCAUGUUUUGUCCGUAAGGGUAAGCUUUUGGGGUCAAGCAGUCAAACACACAGCAUCUGGAAAAAAAGAAAAAAAAAGUUUUGCGAUACACUAUUUGAAACAGUGUAUGUAGAGAUGCCAUCUGAACUGACAAAUUGCUUUUUUAAAUUGGGUGCUGUUCCUGUUAUUUUUUUUUUUCUUGAGCUUGCAUAGAAUAUUUUUAU